AUGCCCGCCCCCGUUGACCACGAAGAGGCCCGCCUCCGCCUCCGUUACGACGUCCUCGCAGAGGACACCCCAAACCUGCUCGCUAUCAAGGCCUCCACUUGGGACGCAGCGGAUCCCAUCGAUGGCAUCACAAACCACAUUGAAGAGGAACUCUGCGUGCCCGACGCUCCUGUCGGCAGCAUUAACGUUAAGUCACGCGCGAUCUGGCGCAAGUGCGUGCGCGACCGCGCAGACCUCCCCGCCGCCGACCUCUCUGCUUUGCGCACCAAGGACAUAGCGCUUGCCCACGGAUGGCUGGCAAGCCAGGAGUUCAGCGAAGAGACCGUCAAUCUUGUCCAGGAAUUUUAUGGACUAGGGCGAAAGCAGGAUUACGCAAAUGGCCCGCUGGGAGGGAGGAAGCCAGACGGCUGGCUCCCAAAGGGACAGCGGACCAAAGCGCUGAAGUCGGAGGCCCCCGCAAAGAAGGGCGCCGGAAAGACGAGAGCGGCUGCCAAGUCCGCCAAACAGAAGAAGGCUCCUACGGGCCAAAAGCGGAGGCAGAAGGCAGCGGAAAUGGAUACAGAAGGAUCGGACGACUCUACGGCGGUCACGAAGCCAGUUACUCGCUCAAAGAGAGCCAAAUUGUCUUGA